GCGGCGGCGGCGGCGGAGGUGUUGGCGGCUCUCGGCGGCCGGAGCCGGAUUCUGUAGCCGGGGUGUGGGCCCGCGUCAGUCCGUCCCUCCUUCGGCCCCCUCUCUUGUCUUCCGGAGUGUGGCUGGCGGAGCCCGGAUGGCGGAGCGAGGCCUGGAGCCCACGCCGGCCGCUGCGGCGGCGUUGCCGCCCGAGGUGCGGGCGCAGCUGGCAGAGCUGGAGCUGGAGCUCUCGGAGGGGGACAUCACCCAGAAGGGAUAUGAAAAGAAAAGGUCAAAACUCCUCUCACCUUACAUCCCACAGACACAAGAAACUGAUUCAGCAGUACAGAAAGAACAUAGAAACCAGACACCUGCUUCAUCUGCAGCUCAGACUUCCGCUCCUUCUAAGUACCACCGAACUCGAUCUGGGGGAGCCAGGGAUGAGCGAUAUCGAUCAGAUAUCCACACGGAAGCAGUUCAAGCUGCACUGGCAAAGCAUAAAGAACAGAAAAUGGCUUUGCCCAUGCCAACCAAGAGGCGGUCCACGUUUGUGCAGUCUCCUGCAGAUGCCUGCACACCUCCUGACACGUCUUCGGCCUCUGAGGAUGAGGGCUCUCUGAGACGCCAAGCUGCGCUCUCUGCUGCCUUGCAACAGAGUUUACAGAAUGCUGAGUCCUGGAUCAACCGUUCAAUUCAGGGAUCGUCCACUUCUUCAUCCGCAUCUUCUACGCUGUCCCAUGGAGAGGUCAAAGGAACCAGUGGGUCUCUAGCUGAUGUAUUUGCCAGUACUCGAAUAGAGAAUUUCUCUGCUCCCCCUGACGUCACUACAACUACCUCUUCUUCAUCGUCAUCUUCCUCAGUACGCCCAGCAAAUAUUGACCUGCCCCCCUCGGGGAUAGUAAAAGGCAUGCACAAAGGAUCCAACAGGUCCAGCCUUAUGGAUACAGCCGACGGUGUUCCUGUCAAUAGCAGAGUAUCCACAAAAAUCCAGCAACUUCUCAACACUCUAAAACGACCCAAAAGGCCUCCCUUAAAAGAAUUUUUUGUGGAUGACUCUGAAGAAAUUGUGGAAGGUAUACCUCAGCCAGACCCCAAUCAGCCCAAGCCUGAGGGACGGCAGAUGACACCUGUGAAGGGAGAGCCACUGGGAGUCAUCUGUAACUGGCCUCCUGCUCUUGAGUCUGCCCUGCAGCGCUGGGGCACCACUCAAGCAAAAUGCCCCUGUCUGACAGCACUGGAUGUGACAGGAAAACCAGUUUACACUCUUACCUAUGGAAAGUUGUGGAGCAGAAGUUUAAAGUUGGCCUACACACUGCUUAAUAAACUGGGAACCAAAAAUGAGCCUGUGUUAAAACCUGGAGACAGGGUAGCCCUGGUUUACCCCAACAAUGAUCCAGUCAUGUUUAUGGUGGCUUUUUAUGGGUGUCUCCUGGCAGAAGUGAUUCCAGUGCCUAUAGAGGUACCUCUUACCAGAAAGGACGCUGGAGGGCAGCAGAUUGGCUUCUUGCUGGGAAGCUGUGGCAUUGCCUUAGCUCUUACCAGUGAGGUUUGUCUAAAGGGGCUGCCAAAAACCCAGAAUGGGGAAAUUGUACAGUUCAAAGGUUGGCCCCGGCUCAAAUGGGUUGUAACAGAUUCCAAGUAUCUUUCCAAGCCACCCAAAGACUGGCAGCCUCACACCCCGCCUGCCGGGGUGGAGCCGGCGUACAUUGAGUAUAAAACAAGCAAAGAAGGAAGUGUAAUGGGAGUUACAGUGUCCCGCCUUGCAAUGUUGUCUCACUGCCAAGCUCUGUCCCAGGCCUGCAAUUAUUCUGAAGGGGAAACAGUAGUAAAUGUGUUAGAUUUUAAGAAGGAUGCUGGGCUGUGGCAUGGCAUGUUCGCGAAUGUGAUGAAUAAGAUGCAUACGAUUAGCGUACCCUACUCUGUUAUGAAGACGUGUCCUCUCUCUUGGGUCCAAAGAGUACAUGCCCACAAAGCCAAGGUAGCUUUAGUAAAAUGUCGAGACUUGCACUGGGCUAUGAUGGCACAUCGAGACCAAAGAGAUGUGAGCUUGAGUUCCCUCCGUAUGCUAAUUGUGACAGAUGGUGCUAAUCCCUGGUCUGUGUCAUCCUGUGAUGCCUUCUUGAGUCUGUUCCAAAGCCAUGGACUGAAACCUGAGGCCAUCUGUCCAUGUGCUACUUCUGCUGAAGCCAUGACUGUGGCAAUCCGCAGACCUGGAGUUCCAGGGGCCCCUCUGCCAGGAAGAGCCAUUCUCUCAAUGAAUGGAUUGAGCUAUGGGGUAAUACGGGUCAAUACUGAAGAUAAAAAUUCAGCGCUGACAGUCCAGGAUGUGGGGCAUGUAAUGCCCGGUGGGAUGAUGUGCAUUGUGAAACCUGAUGGACCUCCCCACCUCUGCAAAACAGAUGAAAUUGGAGAAAUCUGUGUCAGCUCCAGAGCAGGAGGCAUGAUGUACUUUGGGCUUACUGGUGUGACAAAAAAUACAUUUGAGGUAAUUCCCGUGAAUUCCGCAGGCUCUCCUGUUGGGGAUGUGCCCUUCAUCCGGUCAGGAUUGCUGGGCUUUGUGGGGCCAGGAAGUUUGGUGUUCGUGGUUGGAAAAAUGGAUGGGUUACUGAUGGUUAGUGGUCGAAGACAUAAUGCCGACGACAUUGUUGCCACUGGAUUGGCUGUUGAAUCGAUAAAGACUGUUUAUAGAGGAAGAAUUGCUGUGUUUUCUGUGUCUGUGUUUUAUGAUGAGCGCAUUGUGGUGGUUGCGGAACAAAGACCCGAUGCCUCAGAGGAAGACAGUUUCCAAUGGAUGAGCCGUGUGCUGCAGGCAAUUGAUAGCAUUCAUCAGGUUGGGGUUUAUUGCCUUGCUUUGGUGCCUGCCAAUACAUUGCCAAAAACUCCACUAGGAGGGAUCCACAUAUCUCAGACAAAACAGCUCUUUCUGGAGGGAUCGCUGCAUCCUUGCAAUAUCCUCAUGUGCCCACAUACAUGCGUGACCAACUUGCCAAAACCCCGGCAAAAGCAACCAGGUGUGGGCCCUGCUUCUGUGAUGGUUGGGAAUCUGGUUGCUGGAAAACGCAUAGCACAAGCUGCAGGAAGGGAUCUUGGACAAAUUGAAGAGAAUGAUUUAGUGAGGAAGCACCAGUUUCUGGCAGAGAUUUUACAGUGGCGAGCCCAGGCAACUCCUGACCAUGUACUCUUCAUGCUGUUGAAUGCCAAGGGAACUACAGUGUGCACAGCCAGUUGCCUUCAGCUUCACAAGCGAGCAGAGAGGAUCGCAUCAGUCCUUGGUGAUAAGGGACAUCUGAAUGCGGGAGACAACGUGGUGUUGCUCUACCCACCUGGCAUCGAGUUAAUCGCUGCGUUCUAUGGCUGCCUGUAUGCGGGGUGCAUACCUGUGACCGUCCGGCCUCCUCAUGCUCAGAACCUCACUGCCACAUUGCCCACUGUCCGCAUGAUUGUUGACGUGAGCAAAGCAGCCUGCAUUCUCACCACACAGACCUUAAUGAGGUUACUGAGGUCCCGAGAGGCAGCAGCAGCUGUGGAUGUGAAAACCUGGCCAACCAUCAUUGAUACAGAUGAUUUACCCAGGAAAAGGUUACCUCAGCUUUAUAAACCACCCACUCCGGAGAUGUUGGCGUACCUUGAUUUCAGUGUCUCCACAACUGGCAUGCUUACAGGAGUGAAGAUGUCCCAUUCCGCGGUCAAUGCUCUGUGUAGAGCCAUCAAGCUCCAGUGUGAGUUGUAUUCUUCUCGGCAGAUCGCCAUCUGCCUUGACCCUUACUGUGGACUUGGCUUUGCACUCUGGUGUCUCUGCAGCGUCUAUUCAGGCCACCAGUCCGUCUUAAUUCCUCCUAUGGAGUUAGAAAACAACCUUUUCCUCUGGCUGUCCACCGUCAACCAGUACAAAAUAAGAGAUACUUUCUGCUCCUAUUCAGUAAUGGAGCUCUGCACCAAAGGGCUUGGAAACCAAGUGGAGGUGCUAAAGACCAGAGGGAUCAACCUGUCCUGCAUCCGGACGUGUGUGGUGGUGGCUGAGGAGCGGCCCCGCAUUGCCCUCCAGCAGUCCUUCUCCAAGCUCUUUAAAGACAUUGGUCUGUCCCCUCGGGCCGUCAGCACCACUUUUGGAUCUAGAGUCAAUGUAGCAGUAUGUUUACAGGGAACCUCAGGGCCUGAUCCAACUACUGUGUAUGUAGAUCUGAAGUCAUUACGACAUGACAGGGUCCGUCUCGUGGAACGGGGUGCCCCGCAGAGCUUGCUCCUCUCAGAGUCUGGAAAGAUUUUACCUGGAGUGAAAGUGGUUAUUGUUAAUCCUGAGACUAAAGGGCCUGUUGGAGACUCUCAUCUUGGAGAGAUUUGGGUGAACAGUCCCCAUACAGCCAGUGGCUAUUACACCAUCUACGAUAGCGAGACGCUUCAAGCUGAUCAUUUCAACACUCGCCUCAGCUUUGGGGAUGCAGCUCAGACACUCUGGGCUCGGACAGGAUACCUUGGUUUUGUCCGCCGGACUGAACUUACAGCGGCCACUGGAGAACGGCAUGAUGCAUUAUAUGUGGUGGGAGCACUGGACGAAACAUUGGAGCUGCGAGGAUUACGAUACCACCCGAUCGAUAUCGAGACCUCAGUGUCUCGGAUCCACAGGAGCAUUGCUGAAUGUGCUGUGUUCACGUGGACCAACUUGCUUGUUGUGGUGGUGGAACUGUGUGGCUCUGAACAGGAAGCCCUAGAUCUGGUUCCCUUGGUGACAAACGUGGUCCUGGAAGAGCAUUACCUCAUUGUUGGCGUUGUGGUGGUGGUGGACCCAGGUGUCAUCCCCAUCAACUCCAGGGGAGAGAAGCAGAGGAUGCACCUCCGUGACAGCUUUCUAGCUGACCAGUUAGACCCCAUCUAUGUGGCUUAUAACAUGUAACCAGUGGGGAUUCCGGGGGGCCAAGCUGAAAAACCGCAAGGACCAAAGACCGGUAUCUAGGAACAAGCUUUCAGAUGAUGAGAAAUAAACUGGGAUGGCUACAUUAUAUCCUUCAUCUCAUCCUGUGGGAUUCUGCAGUCCCAAGGCACACAGGAAAGGGGAUUGCUGUGGUGGCAAAUGGAAAAAAUGUUAACAGUCUAUUAGUCAUGAGCUUUGGCAUAGUGUGAACAGCACUGUUACUAAAGCAAUUACGUGCAUGUUGCAUUUUUUCAUCUGUUGUAUAUAUGUGUAUUUUUAUCUAAUGCUGUUUUAGAUUUUUCUAAGGGAGUUUAAUGAAUUCACAUGAAGCAGGUAGUCUGAGUCACACAGUUCCCCGCUCUUACUGUAUCUUGCCAUUUUACCAGAGCUAGACAUUCUGCAGGUUUUGUUAACAUGUAACUACCCAGCUUUCAGUUGACCCAUAAACAAAUCAGAUAACCCACUGAAUGAGAAUUACUUUAUAUACCUAAUUAUUGACUGUAAAACAUUUUGACCAGUGUUUUAAACAUGUAAAUAAGAAAACACAUAAUCCAGCUAAAAAGUUGAAGAAUUGGCUCGUAUAGUUAUAACAACUAAAGCAGAAAUGUUUAUACUUUGAGAGAAUUUCAGUAUUCUCUUGCUGUGUUAUAACUGAAUAGGUAACUAGAAAGUGCAAAUUGUUUGCAGGUUUCGCUGCACAUUGUACUAUGUCUCUGUUGGCGGGUGUAUUUUAUAAACUAAAGCUGCCUUUGUUUGUUUUUGAAGCUUGCAUUCCCAGAAUCAGCUUAAGCUUUUAAGAAUUCAACCUAUUUCUACAAGUUGAAAACCUCACUUUAAAAAUCAAAAUGUUAUGAAAAAGCUAAGAUUCGUUAGAUCCCACCCUAUUCUGCAGUAAUAAUUCACUCUGGCCCCCAGUGUUGAAACUGUCUUUCAAAUUUAGAGUGACUUUGUAAGAAUUUAGGAUUUCCUCUUUUUCCAGGCCCAUUGUAAACUGCGUCUACAGUUUAUACAUAUAGCUUCUCUUUUCUGGAAACUGAAGAGCGCCCUGUUAUUCCAGUUCAUGGGGUCAGGGAUUUUAGGAACAAGAAUGACAGGCUGGGAAGGCAGUGAGAUCAACAGUCACAUGAAACCGUAAGGCCACAUAACUAUAUAUCUCAAAUCUGACCAAUUUGAUUUGCCAAAAUAGCCAGGCUUAUGCUGAAAAAGGGGAAGUCUGAUAUAUGCAAGAAACUCUUUUGAAAUAACUGGUGCCCAGGCCAAGCAGACUGAGCCUGGGAGUGAGUUUGGUCUCUGGCUCGGUUUCCUUUCUUUGGUCUGAUGAUGCUUCAUGUAUUUGAAUAUAGUUGAAUUUUAUUAUUUUUUUCUUACAGAAAUAUUUUUUAAAAUUAAAAAAAAACUCAAAAUGAACAGAGUUAACUUGUUAAAUCAGAAUGGUUCUCUUUGACCCACUCUGGUCUAAUGUGUAAAUAUUUAUUUAGACUAUUUUAAUAAAACAUAUUAUUUACCCCACUGUAACAUCAUGUAAACUAAAUAUGUUUUUAAACAAUUUUUAAGACUUGUAAUUACCCUGAAAAUAAGGUUUAUAAUGCAAAGACCAGACCCUUCACCAUGGCAGCACUCUUGGGGGCUGCCUUUACACAGUCUUGUGACUCAAAGCCACUUUAUUGACUCCCUUUUACAUAAUCCUCCUUUCUUCCAACUCAUUCUCCACAGAGGGAAAAACCUCAAGGCAUUUUCCAGUUCCAGAUCUCUUUUUCAACAUUUUGGAUGAAAUUAAUGUACAUGCGAUAGGAGAGGUUCUAGGAUAUAAAGAAAGCCAGCACUUAAUACUGGGGCAAGAAAUCCCAGUGACUGCAGUGGUUUAGUUUGCAGAGAAAACAGCCUGUUUCUUUGGAAAGUAAUUUUCUUAAAACAAUUUUAAUGAUUCACUAAACAGGACAAGGAGUCCUGAGAGUUAAAUUGGACUAUCUCCAUUAUCAUAAGUUGUAAGAAGAAAAUAUUGGCAGAGGUUAUCCUAUUGCUUUGAUAAUUCUCACUAUACAAGUUAGGGUGUCUACUAGAUAUACAAUAUGAGCCACAUCUGUCUUUCGAAAUAUCAUAGUAAUUUUAAAAGUAAAAAGAAACAGGUUUAAUUAAUUUUAAUAUGUUUAUUGAACCCAGUGUAUCAAAAAUACUGUUUCAAUAUGGAAUCAAUAUAAGAAUUACUGAGGUAUUUUACUUUCUUUUCUUCAUAUUAAGUAUUUGAAAUCCAGUGUUUAUUAAGCAUAUCUCAGUUUAGACUAGCUGUAUUUCAAGUUUUCAGUAGCCACACGUGGCCAGUAGCUAUGAUAUUGGACAGUGUACAUCCUAUACUCAUUCCUUCAAAUAAAAUAUUCCAUUAAUCUCAGAGUGUGGCCAAUUCCCAGAUACUUAGGGGCUGAUUAUCUAGUUCUGUAGUUCCCCAAGCCUCUGAUUUAUCCUUAGUAUUUGCUUUCUGCCUUGUGGCUGCUUUAUUCAUCUUUUGCAUAUCACCCAAGACAAGAAUAUACUAGUACAAGAAAGCUGAGCUGUGUCUUUGGAGAACUUCAUCAGUAACUCUGGUAAAGUAUUCACUGACAGGGGAAGAGUCUAGUCAUUCACUUAGCAGUGUUGGUGAGGUCAGCUGCAGACUGAAUCACUAGUCUGUUGUAGACUUGGAUUAGAAAAUUUUCUCUUGAUGACACAAUGCUUUUGCUCUUUUCACAUUAAGUAGAACCUUUGUGGUAGAACCAAUUCUUAAGACAGGCCAAAGGGCCAUUAUUGAUAGGAACAGCCUUGCCAAAAUUCUGGAAACCUUCUGUCUGGGUUUUUAUGCCUGUGAAAAAGAAAACAACUUAAUAGCAAGCCCCCAUUUCAGUUAAGAGAAAUUUGUUCAUCUGAAAGUUUUUUGACUUCCUCCUGUCUCUCAGCAGAAAUAAUUGAGGUAGAUAAGGAAGGAGCUGCCUCUGGAAAAUUCCUAGGCCCUGAGGAUUUUUUAGAGUUGCAUAAAUGCCAUCUCCGGCAUCAGUGUCACCCUGGGAAUGACCAGUUUGCUAAUUUAGGGUAUCAGUGAAUCCCCAGUCUUUACUCACUUCCUGCCUCAUAAAGGGCCUGGGUUCCCCCAGGACCAAGUCCUUUCCUCCCAAAGUUGUGCUGCCUCGAGCUGUUUAGGGACCAUGGCCUGUCUAUUGAUCAUAUGAAUGCAUCUCCUUUAACCCUGGGCAAUGCUUGCUUAAUGCUUUUGUUGAAUCAACAAAGGGCUUGAGGCCUUAGGGUUUUUUUGUUAAGGUCUCUGCCCCAGGCAUGGUGCUCAAUAUCUUGUCCGAGUAAGUUACUUUCCUUGAAUAUCCAGGAAUCUUUUAGACUAAAGCAAUGAGGAGUUAUCACCUCACCCCUCAAACUCCAACAUGGUCUAUGCCUUAGUGUUAUUUUUGUUGUCUGCUUUGAUGUUAAAAGCAAGAGUAUCUGCAGCAAGAAGCUGUAGUACUCCAGAUAGACAGUAGGCCUUUUCUUUAUCAUCCAUACAACAUUUCUGGUUUAGGUAUAUGUAGCUGGGCCAUGUUAUUUGUCCAGAGGAAGGGAGUGUAAAGAUACAAGAGUAAUUUUUUAGUUCUAAAUACUGUUUUGUUUACUUUCUGUCAAGAUACUUACCAGUGUCAAAUUCAAACUACAGUACUGUGUAAUUAUGUAUAAAGUUUUUUUUUUUAUUUAUUUGAAAUUAGACUAGAUAUACAUUUUUAAAUUUAACAUCUGGCUGGACAGUGUUCUAUUAACUCAUUGAAUGUGUUUCCUUUGUCUUGUGUUAAUAAAUAUUGAUGCCUGA